CAUGUUGAAGGUGGUUGCAAAUUCAAAAGUUUAACACAAUAAUCAGCGGGUAUUCCGAGCAACUCAACGCACAAGCACUACUCAUCUCACGUCACCUCUUUUAUCCUUAUCUCCCUCAGAUUCUCGUAACUUCCGAACCCUAUAUUCCCUCCCUCUUACUUUUUACGCCAAUUCACUCCUCUCUUCUCUUCUAUCCUCCCUCACUGCACAUCCAUGCAAUUUCACCUUUGAACUUUCAAUUGGAUUUUCUCCAACCCCAACCCUUUCCAUGGAACCUAACGGGACUGCUCAUCUUAGGAUUCCGUUAUUGCAGACCCCGGAAGACGGCGCCGUUAAGACCGUUACGUUCCAACUAAGCGACAUCAAGUGUGCCUCGUGUGUCAAUUCCGUUGAGUCCGUCGUUGGGAGCCUUAACGGCGUCAAAAGCGUCGCCGUUUCGCCACUUGAUGGCCGAGCCGCAAUCAAGUUUGUCCCUAAGCUCGUUACCGCGAAACAAAUAAGAGAAAGUAUAGAGGAGAGUGGUUUUGGAGUUGAUGAGCUUCAUGAAAAGGACAUAGCGGUGUGCCGAGUGAAAAUUAAAGGAAUGGCAUGCACAAGCUGCUCCGAGUCUGUUGAGAAUGCCCUUAAAAUGGUUGAAGGGGUGAAAAAUGCAAUUGUUGGUCUCGCUUUGGAGGAGGCGAAAGUGCACUUUGAUCCUAACCUCAUCAAUGUUGACAAGAUAAUUGAGGCCAUAGAAGAUGCGGGUUUUGGGGCUGAUCUUAUUAGCUCUGGGAAUGAUGCAAACAAAGUGCAUCUAAAGCUUGAAGGGGUUGAUUCUGCAGAAGAUGUUAAUGUAGUGAUGUCUUCUCUUGAGUUAGCUGUAGGGGUGAACCAUGUUGAGAUGGAUUUGUCAGAACAUAAGGUUACGGUUAGCUAUGAUCCAGACAUUACUGGUCCAAGGUCUCUCAUUCAUUGUGUUCAGGAAGCUAGCUGUGGCCCCAAGAGGUACCAAGCAACCUUGUACUCUCCUUCGGGGCAAAGAGAAAGGGACAAGGUGAAUGAAAUCCGUAUGUAUAGGGACCACUUUUUGUUCAGCUGCUUCUUUUCUGUUCCAGUUUUUGUAUUUGCCAUGGUGCUUCCUAUGCUUCCUCCUUAUGGCAACUGGUUAAACUUCAAGAUCCACAAUAUGCUUACACUUGGAUUGUUAUUAAGAUGGAUCCUUAGCACGCCUGUGCAAUUCAUAGUUGGCAAAAGGUUCUAUGUGGGAUCAUAUCAUGCACUGAAGCGAAAAUCUGCUAACAUGGAUGUGCUGGUUGCGCUAGGCACAAAUGCUGCUUAUUUUUACUCUCUAUAUAUUUUAAUAAAAGCACUGACUUCAGAUACAUUUGAAGGACAAGAUUUCUUUGAGACAAGUUCCAUGUUGAUAUCCUUUAUUCUAUUAGGGAAAUAUUUGGAAAUUGUGGCUAAAGGGAAAACAUCAGAUGCUUUAGGAAAGCUGAUUCAACUUGUUCCUGAUAAAGCUUAUUUGGUAGAAAUUGAUAAUGAUGGGAAUAUUCUCACAGAGACUGAAAUUGACACUCAACUCAUACAAAAGAAUGACAUAAUUAAGAUUGUUCCUGGGGCCAAAAUUCCCGUUGAUGGUACUGUUAUAAAAGGACAAAGCUAUGCAAAUGAAAGUAUGAUCACUGGGGAGGCAAGACCUGUUGAUAAAGGUCCAGGAGACAAGGUUAUCAGUGGAACUAUCAAUGAGAAUGGCUGCUUAUUGGUUAAGGCUACACAUGUCGGAUCAGACACUGCACUUUCUCAAAUAGUUCAACUCGUUGAAACUGCUCAACUGGCCAAAGCACCAGUUCAAAAACUUGCUGACCAUAUUUCAAGGGUUUUUGUUCCAAUUGUGGUUGUUGUAGCACUAAUAACUUGGCUUGGAUGGUUCAUUCCUGGGGAAGCUGGUAUUUACCCUAAACAUUGGAUACCAAAAGCAAUGGACGCAUUCGAGCUUGCUUUGCAGUUUGCUAUUUCUGUGCUGGUUGUUGCUUGCCCAUGUGCUCUGGGUCUUGCAACACCAACUGCAGUCAUGGUUGCUUCAGGCAUGGGUGCUUCUCAAGGUGUGCUCAUCAAGGGUGGAGAUGCACUGGAAAAGGCACACAAGGUUAAAAUUGUUGUGUUUGACAAGACUGGGACACUAACAGUUGGGAAGCCAGCGGUAGUUAGUGCAGUGCUUUUUUCUGAAUUUUCUAUGGAAGAGUUAUGUGACACGACAAUUGCUGUGGAGGCAAGUAGCGAGCACCCAUUAGCAAAAGCCGUUGUGGCACAUGCGAAGAGGCUGCGCCAGAAAUUUGGUUCUUCCAAGGAGGAAGUCCCAGAUGUGGAUGAUUUUGAGGUACACAUGGGAGCUGGUGUAAGUGGAAAAGUUGGUGAUAGAAUAGUUGUAGUUGGAAACAAGAGACUCAUGCAUGCUUGUAGUGUUCCAAUAUGUUCCAAGGUUGAGAAGUACAUCUCUGAAAAUGAAGUUCUGGCUAGAACAUGUGUUUUAGUUUCAAUUGAUGGAAAGAUUGCUGGUGCAUUCUCUGUAACUGAUCCUGUAAAACCAGAGGCUAAACGUGUCAUAUCUUUCCUCCACUCCAUGGGUAUCUCGAGCAUUAUAGUGACUGGUGAUAACUGUGCUACUGCAACUGCUAUUGCAAAUGAAGUGGGUAUUGAUGAGGUCUUUGCUGAGACAGAUCCAGUAGGCAAAGCUGAUAAGGUGAAAGAAUUGCAGAUGAAAGGAGUGACUGUUGCAAUGGUAGGAGAUGGAAUAAAUGACUCACCAGCUCUGGUUGCUGCUGAUGUUGGUAUGGCAAUUGGUGCUGGAACUGACAUAGCCAUAGAAGCAGCUGAUAUAGUUCUGGUGAAAAGCAGUUUGGAAGAUGUGAUUACUGCCAUAGAUCUAUCUAGAAAGACGAUGUCCCGCAUAAGGCUGAACUACAUCUGGGCUCUUGGUUACAACAUUCUAGGCAUGCCAAUUGCUGCUGGAGUCUUGUACCCUUUCACGGGAAUCAGAUUGCCCCCAUGGCUUGCUGGUGCUUGCAUGGCUGCUUCUUCUCUUAGUGUGCUUUCUUCAUCUCUUCUGCUGCAGUUCUAUAAAAAACCUUUCCAUAUAUAAUCUUACUGAUGCCAUGUUUCUGCCUAAAAGUUAGUAGUCAAGCGGUCCUUAAUUUAUCUCAGUUUUAUUAGAGUAUUUUUUUUUCCCUGAAAUACAAGUUUGACAUCAAUUUCACUCCAGAAUCAAGUGAUCUCGAUAUAGUUUUUAAAAAAUAAAAAAUUGACAUAAAUUAGGCUCCUCUUUGGAUUCUAUGGUGUUCUACUGUUCCAGCAUAGAUGAACUUUUUUAGACUAUUAUUUGAUGUAGUAUCAGGCAUUAAAUGUACACACCUCUUCUCAAUGAAAAUGCCAACCUUGGUUCAUUAUA